AUGUCUGAGUUGGCAGCCCGAUGGACGGCCACACCCAGGUCUGGUGGAUUUUUGGAGGAGAUGCAACUGCAGGGAAAGCGGCACCGGGAGAUGGAGGAGCGGAUCAGUUGUUGGUGGGAGUUGCAGGAGUGGCAGGAGGACCGGAACGGACGGUGGCAGCGGUGCCAGGAUGAGAUGCUGUGGGGCAAAGCCAUGGGCAAGGGCAUGGCCAAGGGCAAGCGCAAGAGCAACUAUACGGGCGAAGGCAAGGGCAAGAGCUAUGAAGAAGAUGAUGAAGAUGACGAAACCUAUCAAGCUUGGUUCUGCCGCUGCGAAGAAGACGAGGAAGCCGCUCUAUUUUUCGAAGCUCGUGCCAAGGGCAAGUGCAAGGGCAAAGGCAAGCGCAAGAGCUGUGCCUGGCGCCGCUGCCAAGAAACCCGACUCUUCGAACAUGGGGCCAAGUGUAAGCGCAAGGGCAAGGAUAAGGGCGAAGGCAAGGGCAAGAGCUAUGAAGAGGAUGAUGAAGAUGAUGCAUAUCUAGAUGUCGAAGCUUAUCAAGCUUGGUUCCGCCGCCGCGAAGAAGAGGAAGAAGCCGAGCUAGUUUUCGGAGCUGGUGCCACGUGCAAGGGCAAAGGCAAGCGCAAGAGCUGUGCCUGGCGCCGCUGCCAAGAAACCCGGCUCUUCGAACAUGGGGCCAAGGGUAAGCGCAAGGGCAAGGAUAAGGGCGAAGGCGAGGGCAAGAGCUAUGAAGAAGAUGAUGAAGAUCAUGAAGAUCUAGAUGUCGAAGCUUAUCAAGCUUCGUUCCGCCGCUGCGAAGAAGAGGAAGAAGCCGAGCUAGUUUUCGGAGCUUGUGCCACGUGCAAGGGCAAAGGCAAGCGCAAGGGCUGUGCCUGGCGCCGCUGCCAAGAAACCCGGCUCUUCGAACAUGGGGCCAAGGGUAAGCGCAAGGGCAAGGAUAAGGGCGAAGGCAAGGGCAAGAGCUAUGAAGAAGAUGAUGCUGAAGAUGUCGAAACCUAUCAAGCUUGGUGCCGCCGCUGCGAAGAAGACGAGGAAGCCGUGCCAUUUUUCGGAGCUGGUGCCAAGGGCAAGUGCAACGGCAAAGACAAGGGCCAGAGUUAUGAAGAGGAUGACGAAACCUGCGAAGGCUGGUUCCGCCGCAUCGAAGACGCCCCACUGUACGAACACGGGGCCAAGGGCAAGCGCAGGAGCAAAGGUACGAGCAAAGGCAAGGGCAAGGGCCAUGCAAGAGAAUGA